AUGAGACUCAACGAGGCAUUUUUGAGCAGAUGAGAACGGAGCAAAGGUCGUGUCGGCGCGCGUCGAGACCGAGCGAGUGAAGAUGCUCCUGGACGCCGGACCCCAGUACCCCGCCAUAGGAGUGACGACAUUCGGCUCCACGCGGCACCACUCCGCAGGCGAGGUGACGGAGCGGGAGGUGGCGCUGGGCAUCAACCCGUUCGCGGACGGCAUGGGCGCCUUCAAGAUCAACCACGGCUCCCACGAGCAGACGGCGUUCUCCUCGCAGGCGCCCGGCUACGCGGCGGCGGCCGCCCUGGGCCACCACCACCACCACCAUCACCACCACCCGGGCCACGUCGGCUCCUACUCCACGGCGGCCUUCAACUCCACGCGGGACUUUCUGUUCAGGAACCGUGGCUUCGGGGAGGCGGCCAGUGCGCAGCACAGCCUCUUCGCCUCGGCGGCGGGCAGCUUCGCCGCGGGGCCCCACGGACACUCGGAGGCGGCGGGCCACCUGCUCUUCCCCGGGCUGCACGAGCAGGCGGCGGGCCACGCGUCGUCCAACGUGGUCAACGGCCAGAUGCGCCUGGGCUUCACCGGGGACGUGUACGGCCGCGCGGCCGAGCAGUACGGCCACGUCACGAGCCCGCGCUCCGACUACGCGUCCACGCAGCUGCACGGCUACGGCCCCGUGAACAUGAACAUGGCCGCGGCGCACCACGGCGCCGGGGCCUUCUUCCGCUACAUGCGGCAGCCCAUCAAGCAGGAGCUCAUCUGCAAGUGGAUCGAGCCGGAGCAGCUGGCCAGCCCCAAGAAGUCGUGCAACAAGACCUUCAGCACCAUGCACGAGCUGGUCACACACCUGACCGUGGAGCACGUGGGGGGGCCCGAGCAGACCAACCACAUCUGCUUCUGGGAAGAGUGUCCACGCGAGGGCAAGCCCUUCAAGGCCAAGUACAAGCUGGUCAAUCACAUCCGCGUGCACACGGGCGAGAAGCCCUUCCCGUGCCCCUUCCCCGGCUGCGGCAAAGUCUUCGCCCGCUCGGAAAACCUCAAAAUCCACAAAAGGACGCACACGGGUGAGAAGCCGUUCAAGUGCGAGUUCGACGGCUGCGACCGGCGCUUCGCCAACAGCAGCGACCGCAAGAAACACAUGCACGUGCACACGUCCGACAAGCCUUACUUGUGCAAAAUGUGCGACAAGUCCUACACGCACCCGAGCUCGCUGCGCAAACACAUGAAGGUCCACGAAUCGAGUAACCCCGGCUCGCAGCCUUCCCCCGCGGCCAGCUCGGGGUACGAGUCGUCCACGCCCCCCACCAUCGUGUCCCCGUCCGCGGAGAACCCGAGCAGCGGCAGCUCCAUAUCGCCGACGGCCCCCGGGACGGUGCAGCACCACACCGCCACCACCACGACCGCGACCGGCAGCCACAGCAGCGCGCUCACGUCCAAUUUCAAUGAAUGGUACGUGUAAAACAAAACAAAAAAACUUUUUUUUGCUUUUGUUUUAUUUUUAUUUUUGGGGGGAGGA